AUGGAGAAAUAUACCGUAGAAAGUAGAGCUAUCAUUAUGGAGUACUUGCUUCAUUACUGCUAUAAAGGUUCAGCCAAAGCACUAUUAAAAGAAAUGCACACAUUAGAUAGUUGUGCAUUGUCAAUACAGGAUCAAUACAACAACAACAGUAGUAUUAUCAGUAAUAGUAGCAGCAGUAAUAGUAGUAAUAGUAAUAGUAGUAGUAGUAGUAGUAGUAGUAUUAAUAUGAAGACAGACACAUUGAAUGAAGAAACCAUCAAUUGGGAAAGUGUCGAAGCAAGAAAAGAUAUUUAUGAUUCUAUAAAAAACGGUGACAUUGAACAAGCAUUGACAUUACUGGAGAAGCAUUUUCCAGGCUUGAUAGCUGAAUAUAAUAGAUUCACCCAUAGACCACAAAUAGACACAAAUGAUGCAUCCAAAUCACAUUUUAUCAUCUAUAAGCUAUAUUGCCAACAAUUCAUCGAGAUAUUAAAGUCAUCAGGCGCAUUGGAAGCUAUUGAGUUUGCACGGCACCAUCUUAAACCAUGCCAUGAGAUAUAUAAGGAAUAUGCAAACAAUAUCCUCUAUCUAAUUGCUUAUGCAGACUUGGAACAUGAAAGGGUAAAGGAUGUCCUAAGUCAAAAGCACAGAGAUGAUAUUGCAGAUGAAGUGAAUGAGCUACUAUUAGAAAUACAUGGAUUAUCACAACAGACUUCACUCGAAAAAAUAUGGCGACAGAAUACAGUGGUUCAAACUGAAUUAGAAAAGAGACAACAUGGUCAAUCCAAAAAGAAGAAUAGUAAAGGAAGCUCUGAAAAAAUAUCAGUAUAA